AUGACUCGCGGAAACCAGAGAGAGCUGGCUCGUGCCAAGAACCAGAAGAAGCUGGCCGAGCAGAACAAGGGAAAGACCAAGACGAGCGCCACCUCGCUCGCCGCCAAAAAGGAGGCCGAUGCCGAGGCCCUCAGGCAGAAGAUUGCUGCGAAAGCGGCAAAGGCUGCCGAGGCUGGCGGAGGGUCAGGCAAAUGA